AUGGACGACUCAGACUCGGUCCCCGCGACGCCCGACGAGCUCAUCGACAGCAAUCCGGCCUCUCCUGGUUCUGUCGACAACUCCUCAGAGGCCAGCACUCCCUUCGAUCCCCCCAGCUCCAGCUCGGACCACGCCCCUCCCCUGCUCUCGAAAGAUGCGCCGAAACGAGUCCCCUCCCUCCGCACAGUGUCCGACCCGCAGGGCAGCAGCCACAUGAGCCCGAGCUCCAGCGUCACGGGGACGCUGACAAACGCGAGGCGGCCGCCGCCCUCGGCAGGCAGCCUGCCAAUGGAUCUCAUGGCCAAGGCGCGGGCAUUACAGCAGCAGCGGAUGGGCAUGGCCCCGCGCCCCGGCGUCCCUGGCCCCAACGGCGGGUCCUUGUCAGACUCGCAUUCGCCUAUCGGAGCCGGGUCGCCCAUGGGCCAGCUCCCGGGCGGUGUUCCCGGUAAUCUCAGGUUACCGCCCAACCUCGGCAUGGGCAGGCCGUUGCCACCCGGAUUUCCAAAGUCGGCUCCUGUCGUGCCCAGCGUCGGCGGGCGGAAACCGGGGCUUAGUGAGCGGAGGCAGAUGAAGCUGGGUGGCUUGCCCGGCGGUCCCGGUAGUUCAGGUGCAGGCACACCAAGACUGUCGGACCUGGGCGGGGGCGGCGGGCCACAGCGGCCUUCGCUGAACGGCACGAGCAGGGACUCGAAACUUCACGACUUCAAAAACUACAUCGACGCCGAGAAGGGCUGGAUCACCUUUGAGGGCGCCGCAACGAUCACCAGGACAGGUGUCAACUUUGCAAGCGGGCAGACCUUCUCCAUCUCCCUGGACGAGAUUCAGGUCUUGGACGAGCUGGGCAAGGGCAACUACGGGACGGUGUACAAGGUUCGCCAUGCGCGGCCGGUCAAGCCCCGUUUUGGGCAGGGCCUGAGUGGCUUCAAAGCCCCUUCCCGACAGAGCUCCGGGACGGACAAGGACGACUCAUCCCUGGAGAACUCGUUGUCGAGCCUCAACUCGUUACCGGCACAAGGUGGUACAUCAGGGAGGGUCAUGGCGAUGAAGGAGCUCCGCUUGGAGUUGGAGGAGUCCAAGUUCACCACCAUCCUCAAGGAGCUGGUCAUUCUGCACGAGUGUGUUUCGCCUUACAUCAUCGAUUUCUACGGAGCGUUCUUCCAGGAAGGCGCAGUGUACAUGUGUAUCGAGUACAUGGACGGAGGCUCUAUCGACAAACUCUAUGCGGGUGGCAUCCCUGAGAACGUGCUGCGGAAGAUCACCUACUCUACCGUAAUGGGGCUGAAGGAGCUCAAGGAGAAGCAUAACAUCAUCCACCGAGACGUCAAGCCGACCAACAUCCUGGUCAACACGCAAGGCCAGGUCAAGAUUUGCGACUUCGGAGUGAGCGGGAACCUGGUUGCGUCCAUCGCCAAGACCAACAUUGGCUGCCAGAGCUAUAUGGCUCCCGAGAGAAUAUCGGGAGGCGGCAGCUCGCAGGCCGGGGCCAACUCGGAGGGCACGUAUGGUGUACAGUCGGACAUCUGGAGUCUGGGGCUCACAAUCAUCGAAUGCGCAAUGGGCCGUUACCCUUACCCGCCAGAGAUCUCCUCGACCAUCUUUAGCCAACUGAGCGCAAUCGUCGAGGGUGACCCUCCAGACCUCCCUGAAGAAGGAUACUCGCCCACCGCCCAGGACUUUGUCCGCUCCAGCCUGAACAAGAUACCCGCGAAGCGGCCGACGUACCCCAUGCUGCUCGCGCACCCCUGGCUGAAGCCGCUGACCAAGCCCGAGACCAUCACGGAGGAUGACGAGGCCGAGGACGGCGAAGAUGCGCUUGCGGACGCCGCUGCCAAGCUGAACCUGCAGCCCGGUGCCGGGGACGCCGAGGUCGCGUCCUGGGUGACGGACAUCCUUGAGAAGAAGCAGAAGGGCCUGGUCUCGGAUAAGAGCGAGAAGCCUGCGCUCCACGCCGCCCCUCUGGACUCUGUGAGCCCUGUCUCCAGCCCCAUGGCGUGA